GGGCAAACCGUGCUUUCACUGCAAAGUUCCUCAUUUCUCUUAAUGCAGCCAGAUGGCUCCCAUCUCUGCCUCAGCUCCUGGGAGAGGUGGCUUUGGAGUCGUGCAGGUUUCAUCUCUAAAAGCCUCGUAGCUCUUGGAAACUGAAGGGAGGGAUGCGACUUUCCUUCUCACCCUUUCUGCUGAUUUUUCUCCCUGCAAACGAACUAAAAUCCAGCUGAUGCUAUGGGUAUUUUAAGAACUGCAGGGAGGAAGCGGGGCUCGGCAGCUCUGCAGAGAAGUGGGAUGAGUGCGGAGAAGCCGCUGGUCUUGCUGAGCUGGCAGACAGCAAAAUAACCAGUUACGGGAUGAGAUGUGUCUCAUGGCUGCUGCAGAGAAGGGAAGAGAUGCGUGGGGAGGAGGGGGCAGAAGGAGGAGUGGUGUGACUCGGGGAACUGAGCACUUCUGCAGGGCCAGUGUUUGCACCGCGCUGUCACAUUUCCCCUCAGCUCAGCCGUCUCCCCACGGCCUGGGGCCCAACAGCCCUUCCUUUUCUGGGCCAGGCUUGUGGCCGCUGAGCUGCAAGCUCUCACACGUGCACAUAGAGCAGAGCUCAGCACUGCUGCUGCCUGCUGGCUCCUGGCCCAUCGCACCCUCCUCCUCCUCACCAUGAGCCCAUCCUGCGCCCCGCGGUGAUGCCGGGAGCUGGGAGGAUACAGCGGGAGGUGAGACCCCGGACCCGAGGCCAUGCCCGUGCACAGUGAGCAGCAGCCGUGCACUCAGCAGCCUUGCAGCCGUGCCCACGCUCUGCUGCAGCCCCAGCCCAGCCAUGGAGAGUGCAGAGGUGGAGUCGGACAUCCUGCGCCGUGUUCGCACGCUGCUGCGCGAGCUGGAUGGCCACCACCCUGCCUGCCAGAGUGACCGAGGGAUGCUACGAUGGACCCUGCACAAAAAAAUUGACCAGAAUCCCAGUAACAGCCCCAUCCUGGUCCGGAUCCUGGUGAAAGAGCUGGAGAGGGCAGAGCGAGGUGACUACAGGCAUUACAUCAUCCCCCUGCUGCACACGCUGAUGUACGCCUUGAUCAAGGCUCCCUGCAUCUCCGACGAGCUCUGCAGCAGAGUGUAUGAUUUCUGCACGAAGCUGCUCACCCUGCCCAGGCCUUUCUGCACCAUUGGUUUGGACUAUGCUGCCAGGCUGAAGAUGGAAAGGAUGGCACCAGGGAUGCUCUACCAAAGGAUGGUGAUUUCCGAACAAAGUCUUAAAAGCGACCCCUACCCCUACCAGGAAAAGAUUUUCAUCUUCGCCGACCCGGAGCUGCUUUCUGAAGCCAUCUGCAAGGCUCUGCUCAGCGACACGGAGGCAGCUCGUGUCUCCCAGAGCCCACAGGCGUGUAUGUGCUGUGUGAUUACCCACGCUAUGCAGGCAGCCCUGGGCGAGGGCUGUGACCUCAGUGCCUUGAGGAUGCGGCUCCAGGGCAUGGCCAGCAGCGAGGUCGAGCACUGGUUCCAGGAGGUGGUGAUGGCCGUCGAGUGUACAGGGAGCAAAGUGGCUGCAGACCGUGGGCAGCACAUGGAGAGGCUGCAGAGCAUCUACAGUGCCAUCCUCAGCUCCUCACCACCAGGUGAUGCUCCCCUGGAAGGGCUGCAGGGCACCCCACUGCCCAACCCCAACAUCAGCUUCCACCUCUGGACAGAAGAUGAUCAGCUCUGGAAAGAGCUGGUGCUGUUCAUCCGCCCGCUGUCGCAGAGCUGCGAGCCCGAUCACCUGAGCCAGGACCUGGACAACUUUGAGAUCCAGGACAUCAUUUCAGACUGCGAGUGCUGUGAGCAGACCCGCUUCUCCGUGCUCUCCACCGACAGCGGCAUCGAGAGAGAUCUGCCACCGACUUCCGAGGAGCCCUUAGCCCCGUGCAGUGCUGACACAGAGCAAUCCCGGCUCCAUAGGAAAGGUGGCAUUAAAAAAAAGCCCUCGCCGCUGGAGAGCGUGGCCUUCCUGCAGUCCGGCUGCAACGGCCCCGGGGUGAAACCUGCAGCCAAAGUGCAGAGGAGAGUGGGGAUCCCCACUGAGCCCAUGGCCCCCAUGUUGAGGCUGCACACUGCCCGCAUUGUGCUGCUGGGGGACGACCGCAUCCUGGGGCGCCUGGCCCAAGCCUACCACUCCCUGCGGAAGCGAGAAACACGCCGUGUCUUCCUGACCCCAAGGCUAAACCUGCAGUUCUACUACGUGCCGGUGACCGGGCAGCCAGGCACACUGGCAGCUGCGAACCCCUCUGCCACCAGCCCUGAGGAGCUCUGCGAGGUGGCCGCCUACCUGGGCAGAGCCGAUCCCUGGUAUGAGAGCAACAUCAACACGCUGUGCCACGUGAUCCCCAAGCUGGCCACCAUGCCUUCCUCUCCAAGCAAGCAUCUGGUGACUGAUCUCUUCAUCACUGAUGUGAUUGCCUACUACGUCCGUAUGGGCGCCCAGCCCGUCUGCUUCCAGGUGUACGCAGUGAAGGUUUUCUUCAGCAGCUCAGCUCAGGAGCCAGCUGAGGAUGUGUUCCUCACGGAGCUGUGUGCCCAGCUGCAGGACAGCAUCCCCCCCAGAGAGGUAAACCCAACCAAGAAGAAGACGACCCUGGAUGGCCCUGGCAUAGAUCUGACUGUAACAUACAGGAAGGUCGUGGUGAGUGACCGGGCAAAGGAGGUGUCACUGUCCCUGCGCUCCACAGGUCUCUCCAUGAAGGCCAUCCCUGCCAAUGCGGCUGAAGAUCUGGCGUGUCUAAAUGUGGACAUCACUGAAGUCGUUAGGAUCAACAACCUGUCAGGACGAUCCUUCUCAACUGUGGCAAACAAGCUGAAGACGUGCAACAUCAAAAUCAGGAGCACGGAGCAGAGGCCCUUCACACUGUGUCUGGACAAGGACAGCAGAAGGACCUACAGGAGUGUGAUCAGCCUGGAAGUGUCUCCUUGCCUAGAGCCCAGCUACUGCCUGCAAAAGUCAAGGACAAUGAAAUUCAGCCCGCACGAAGCAGAGGAUGUGGGACUUGUGAAAUACAUGCCCAAGUCUCUGCUGCUGCCCAUCAACACAUUUGCAGGUGUCAUCCAAUGAAGAAAAGGAGAAAAAGCCGAUGUGCAAGAUGCAGCACCUGGGUCGUGAUAGAAGACGUGGAAAGAAGAAAGCACACUAAGAAGCUGCCAACAGUGGAUUUGCAACCAGGUGUUUCUAAAGCCUUCUAAAGCUGCAAAGGCAGAGGUGGGCAGGGCUUGGGAAGGACAGCUGUGCGCCAAGCUGUGGUGGCCACAGCCUGCAUUCCCUGCCAGGGCAGAGCUCUCCUGAAUGACUGAGAGAUUUGACCUUUUGCACAAGUGGUGAAAAACCUCCAAGCUUUUCAUUUCAGGGAAAGGACUGGAGAAAAUAGAGCCGAGGUGAUGGUGCUUGCUGUGCUUGUGGAUCAGAGAGCAGUUGCUAGCACUAGUAUUUAUUGGGUUGGCAUCUCCUGGCCUGGUGUGCCUGUGUGUCCAAUGUGUGCAGUCAGUGGGACAGCCACUGUUGUUGCAGAGGGGCUAUGCAAGAACGAUGGUGGUGUGAAGCAGAGACACGAGAAAUCCAGUGCAAUAUUUGGCAGUGAUGUACUCAGGUUGCCCAGGCAGCACAGCCUGGCUUUGUUUUGAGAAGCCUGCAGAACCCCUGGCAGACUCCUCUGUUCCUUCCCCCUGCUGCUGUCAGGGUGUGGGAGCCCUCCCCUGGUUUGCAGGUGGGCUCAAACCCAUGCAGCUCUAUGGAGCAGUGUGUCCAAGGCCCAUCUUUGCUGAAGUAAUGGAAGAAACACGGUGCGCAACAUUGGUUGGCUCUCUGAAUACGGUCUGUGAUGUCUGGGUUGUCUCCAGGGAGUCUUCUGUAAAUCACAUUGGAGUGGAUGUGGGAUCCUUGGCACCCUCCUAUGACACUAUCAGCUUUGAUUCUCUCAGCUCUCAGCAGCUCAGGGGUGCUGGCUUGUAUCCCCUGCCCCAAGGAGGAAUCCUCCAUCCUUGUCAGUGCACACAGCAGCUCUUCCAGUGUCACCACAGGGCAUCCCUGGAGCACAGAUACCCAAGUCUGGAGAUGCUUCCUUCCAAGCCUGCAGGUUGCCCUGGCUGGUUGGGCCCCGUGAAACCCUCCUGCUGCUGCCCCUCAUUGUUGCCUGGGCACGGAAGACAGCUUUGGUUCCUGUUCCAAAUUCAGGCUUUAUGCACUCUCACUUUGGAUGCACCACACAGCCCCAAACUAGCACUGGAAUACAUUACAGGGGGCAAAGCAACUCUGGAGCUGUUGGUGUGUGAUGGGUUAUUCAGCAGCAUAAAGAGCCUCCAGGUCCCAAAAAGCUUUUAACCCCAAACCAGCACCUAUAGCUGAUGGGCAACAGCAUCACAGCACCUCAACGGCCUGGAAGGUCUCAGCAACCAUCUUCAAUUCUUCAGUGCAGUUUUUCAUCUCUCCUCAAAAAUGACGACCAAUGCCAGGACAGCACCGAGCACUUUGGCCUUGGAAGGAGCUGAAUUUGGAAAGGAGGCUCAGAAAUAAGCAACCUGCUUGUCCCAACAUCCUUCCUUUCUGAACUGCUGCAUAUGGUAACGCUGGGCUCAAAGUGGUGAAUUUGAGCACACCUCUGCCUCUCUGGGCUCUUUGCUGGCCCUUGGCACACCAGCCAGCAGCUCACAGCAGCUCACAGAGUGGUCUGUGGUGUCCAGGGUUGAAUUUGUACAGCUGUAAAUGGUGUAGAUGGGUUAUAAGUUAUUUGUACAGGUGACAUAGAGGAUUCAUAUCAGAAGGUGCGACUCUUUUAAUGCCUAUAUAUAUAAAUAUAAAUGUAAAGAGGGAAAAAAAAGCAGCAGAAAUGGAUCUUUUUAUAAAUUUACUUGCUUGUGGCUGGUGUGAGUGGGGUAUGAAUUGUGGGAACAGAAGGACAUGCGGCCCCAUAAGUGGAAAACAAUUCAUGAACUUGUGUUAAUGACUAAGCUCUGCAUUGAAAAGCUUUCAGCUCUCAUCAGAAGCUGCUGUCACUUGACCAGGUACAUGGGAAGACCUCAUUCCUUUGCAGAAGAAUUGACUUUAAUAGCGUCUCCCUGAAGUUUUACAAGCCAGCUGCAAAACCCAGAGUACUUCUCUAAAUGCACGUUUAUUAUGUAGCAUACGAGGGCCAUGGUGAUCUCCUGCCCUGCUCCCCGCUGUGCUCAUAGCAGAGACAAGGAAAAGUGAUGCUAUUGCAGAUGAUCUCUGUGUGUAUUGAUUACAGUUUAUCUGCAUGUCAGAUGCUUUCAGCAUAAUUAGCUCCCCAUUUUCUGGCACAAACCCACUAUGCCAUGCCACAGCCUGCUGCAAGAACUGUAGAUAGGCUUGUCCUUGAGCCAAGAAUAACUGGAACUUUGUACUGAGAACUGCCUUCUCCCUGGAACUCAAACUCAAGGAGAGAGCAGUUUUAGUGUCAAGAAUCUAUUCCAGCCUUGUUACCAUAUCAUACCUCAGGAACUCUAAUUGCUCGUUAACGGGGUGCAUUGACAGCAGUCCUGUGCAAGCAGCACACCUGAGAGCCACGCGAAUCCUUGUUGGUUUAACUGGUGGUGCUGAGGAUGUCCUCUGUGGCUGGUGCUGUUUGGGUGUCACAUGGAUUGAUGUACAUGUGCUCUGUGACAUGGUUCAGUGGUUCCCACUGAAUCAGUUCCAGCAGAUGAGGCAGCAUUCACCAACAAAUGCUGAAUGUCUCUUUGCUUUUAGUGAAACAGUGCCCAGACCCUGCAUGUAAGUCAUUGUAUGGCCAAUGGAACUGGAC